AUGACGCAGCACGCUGAAAAGUCCUUGAGCGUCGACGUGCCCAACUUCACGCUCUACUUUGGGUCCGGCUCGGCCGUCAACCCGGACCGCGUCUUCCUGCGGCUCGAGCUCGUGCCGCGCGUGGACACGGACACGGACGCGGCGUACGCGGAGAGGUACUACGCCCCCUUCAACGACCGCUUCUUCGCCAUGGCCGCCGACCCAGCCUUUGAAGCAUACGUCUCCGACUCGGCGUACGCGCGCGGCGCGCAGGCGCCGUCGGGGCUGCGCUACUUUUUCGACGGCACGGAGGCAAACAUGGAGGCGGCGGCCUCCGCCGUGCGCGAGCUGGCGGCGCAGUGGUCCGGCUUUGUCGACGCGGCGGACGAGGUCCCGCCGCCGAGGGCCGCGGAGAUUGCGCGGCGGGACGCGGUGAUCCGGCGGGUCGCCGCGGACUCGUCGCCCGACAAUGCGAACCGCGCGCGCGUCUUUGGGGCGGAAGCGUUCGCGCGCACCAAGAACCUGCUCUGCGGCGAGCUGCCCUGA